AGAAGUAGAAAAGAUUUAUGAGGAACUCAUCUAGGAGACCACCCAAGGAUGGAAAAAGCGUGCAGUCACAUGACUGAGAGGAUAUUAGACCUAACCUUGGAGAUCAUCUACCUGCUGAAUGGAGAGAAUUAUAUCGCUUUCAAGUUAUCUGAUGGCUUGGUGGCUUCCAACGUGAUGAAGAAGCAAAGCCCUACUGUAGAUCGUCUAUCUCAUGCCAUGAGAAAAAACUACAAAAAGGUUCAAGAAGUCACCACCAAGAUCAUUAAGCUGCUGAUGGGAGAGGUGAGAGGUGCCGGGAAUUCUGGGACAUGAUCCAGGAACAGACAAGGGAUGUGUCUGGGUGGUGACUGUAUCAUUGUGUGUGUCAGGUUCCUAAAAGGUGUCAGGAUGCCACUAGCUGUUUCUCCAUGGAGGAGUGGGAGUAUCUAGAAGGACACAAGGAUCUCUACAAGGAUGUCAUGAUA